AUGUAAUAAUCAGAAAAAUUGAUAGCAAGAAUAUUUGUGAUAAUUUUAUGCCUUUUAUCGAUGACUGGGUGUGCUUUAAUUUUAUGGACAUUCUUCAAAACACCAAGAUUAAGUAAAAAUCCAGGGAGCAUUAUUUAAAGAAUGACCAUAGCAUAAAUUGUAUUGAAACAAUUUUAUUAGAUAAUAACAUUUCUAAUGUUUUUUGCUUAAUUUUACAUUGAAACAUAAGAUAGUUCAAUUGGUGGUGCCUUUUAAAUAUCUACUAGUUUUUGCUCAUUUCUAGGUUUUAUUGAAAUAUUUUUCUCCUCUGAAUAUAUACUCUAUAAUGUUUAUUUUCCAAUAAAUUUAUACUGUUCACUCAAAAGAUAGAACUAUAAUUUUAGUAAAUACUUUAAAUACAUGGAAAUAUCCUCUUUCAUAUUUUCAUUUUUAUUUACUUUAACAAUAUUCAUCAUAAAUGAUGUUAAAAUAAAGUAUAAAUACUAAGUAAUUAGCUUUGUUGGAGUUUGUGGUUUAUCAUUAGCAUAAUAGAUGUCUAAAUCUUUGAGUGCUAUUUUAGCACUCAUCGCAAUAAGUGUUUUAAUAUUACUCUUUUUCAUAGCCAUUGAAAAGUCAAUAUUCAAAACGACUCUAUAUAAUAAAGAUUCAGAAAAAUUUCAUUAGAAAUAUCAUAAAUAAUUCAAAAUUGUUAAUACACUCUAUACUACAGUAUUUCUUGUAACUUAUAUGAUUCCAUCAUGUCUUAUAUUUUGGAGUUAAUUGUUUUCAGUUCAAGAUUAUCAUUAUUAUUUUUUUCCAAUUAUUUAUCCUUUAGGUGGAAUAUUACUCUUUUUGAUUAGAAUAAAUGAUCCUAUUGUCAAAAAGUAUUUAUACAAUAUGCUCAUCGGAAAUAAAAAAACUAACUAAAAUUGUAAAUUAAAGGAUAAACUUUUACAAAAAUCAAAUGUAUCAAUUAAUUUCUAAUAGUUCGAUGGCAUUGAAUAAAUGAGUUUAGACUCAGGACUUGAAAUAAGUGUAUGUAAUAAUAAUAAGAAACUUAGAUAUACAGUUAAACAAGGGCUUAAUGAAAAUUAAAUAUCAUAAGAUAUUACAAUUACAUCUGCAAUAGGAAGUGGAUUUCAAACUAAAUUGAUCAAAAGUAAUUAAGAACUAUUUAUAAUAUUAUUAUCUAUUAAAAGUGCUAUUAAUCAAUGCAUUCAAAAUAAUUAAUCAUCCUUUAAAAAUCUUAAACCAUUUAAUUUUACUCAUAUUACAAAAUACUCAUUAUAUUUGUAAGAUGAUUAUAAAGAUCUAGAUUAAAAAUAUAAGAAUUUUAAUGUAUCAUUAUAUCUUUUAUAUUAUUAGAAUCUGUGUUUAAAAGAUUAUGUUAAUGAAAUUAGUUAUAAAAGGGUUAUAAAUUGUUAUAGUUAUGCAAGCAAUACUCUUAUUUAUCUUUUUAGUUAGAUGUUAAAUAUUGAUUUAAAUCAACUUAGGACUAGUUUAAGAAUUGAAUAAAAUACAAAAAGAUUACUCAAUACUAAAUUACCAUAAUCUUUUGGACCGAUAUUUUUAACUUAUGAUAAUUAUUUUACAAUAGAAAUAAUUUCUAAAUAACACAAACUACUCUUAACAAAGGGUGGAGGAUUAAUGAAUAUUUGUAAGCGUUAUCAAACUGAAUAUAUUAAAUCUAAAAAUGGUAAUACAUUAUUACCUGCUAUAUUUGGAUUGUAUACAAUACAAAUUGAAGAGGAUAGAUUUAUAAAUGUUGUAUUAAAAUUAAACUAACUUAAAAUAAACUAUCCUUUAUCAUUAAUUUCAUUUAAUAUUCCUGAAUAAUAAGAUUAAUUAAUUUAAUAAGAUGUCUUUGGCUGGGUAUAAUUAAGUUUAGGAAAAGGAUAGUUUUAACUAUUUAUUGCAGAAAAGUUAUUUGAUGAUAAAUAUUAAAUUAAAAUUGAGGAUAAUGAUUUUAAGUUAUCAUAAAGUGCUGCCAAAGAUCUAUUGACUGUUUUAAGUAAAGAUAUUGAAGAAUUUUGUUUUUUUAGAAAUCUGACUCUUUCUUUAGUUUAUUUUAAAUUACCAACAAAUAGAUUAGAUUCUAUGUGCAAACAUGAAAAUUCAUUAUCAUAUCAUUAUUAGAUUAUUAAAGAUAGUUAAUAAAUUUCGCCAUUAUAGAUUAAUCAAUAUUUCAAAGGUUUAGGAUAAUUUGAAUUAGAUAGUAAAAUAGGUUUUGUUAGAAUAUAUUUUGAUAAUUUUUGGCAAGAAUGGGAAUAUAUUAAUGAAAAUGAAAGAUGUUUGUAUUUUGAUAAACUAACUGAAUAGUUAUCAGAAAUAAUUUGA